UCUUCUGCAUUAGGGAACUGGCUGCUGCCGCUGCCGGUGCGUUCGCUGCUGCAAGGAGCCGGCGAGAGCUUUGGAAGAAUGUGAAGCCGGUGCCGUCUCCCAGGGGCAGCCAGUGGGCUGGGACUAACUGGAGGAGUCCUGGUUAUGAAGAUUAUGAUCACAUGUGCAGCUCUGCCUAGCUGUUCCCUUGGAGACGAUGGUGGUUCCCUAGAGAAUAGGUGGAAAUGCCUGGUUAACCAUCAGCUUCCUGCUCUUUUUAUCCAAAAGAUUCUCUAACUACUUUUUAACAACUCUCCGUUUUAUUCCAUCAUGUUGUCUCUACCAGCUUAAACUAUUUCCUAAGAUGGUCCUUUUGCUGUUCCUUGCAAUCCUGUUAUCAAAGGAAGAUGCCAGUGGGAACUUUGGGUUUUUGGUUUCUGCACAGUCCAAUGAAAGAAGGGUGGUUGCACAUAUGCCUGGUGAUAUUAUCAUUGGAGCUUUGUUUUCUGUCCACCAUCAGCCAACUGUUGACAAGGUCCAUGAGAGAAAAUGUGGAGAGGUAAGGGAGCAAUAUGGCAUACAGAGAGUGGAAGCGAUGCUUCAUACCCUGGACAGAAUUAAUCUGGACCCAACACUGUUGCCAAAUAUCACGCUAGGCUGUGAAAUAAGGGACUCUUGUUGGCAUUCUGCCGUGGCUCUGGAGCAAAGCAUUGAGUUCAUAAGGGACUCUCUUAUUUCAUCCGAAGAAGAAGAGGGGAUAGUGCGCUGUGUCGAUGGAUCUUCAACAUCUAUCCGCUCCAAGAAACCCAUUGUCGGCGUCAUUGGACCUGGUUCUAGUUCAGUAGCGAUCCAGGUCCAGAACUUGUUGCAGCUUUUCAAUAUACCUCAGAUUGCUUAUUCUGCCACGAGCAUGGACCUAAGUGACAAAACUCUGUUCAAGUAUUUCAUGAGAGUCGUGCCAUCUGAUGCACAGCAAGCUCGAGCUAUGGUGGACAUUGUCAAACGCUAUAACUGGACCUAUGUUUCUGCUGUACAUACUGAAGGAAACUAUGGUGAGAGUGGAAUGGAAGCCUUCAAAGAUAUGUCGGCCAAGGAGGGGAUCUGCAUUGCCCAUUCCUACAAGAUCUAUAGCAAUGCUGGCGAACAGAGUUUUGACAAGCUGUUGAAAAAGCUAAGGAGCCACCUGCCCAAGGCAAGAGUGGUUGCCUGCUUCUGUGAGGGCAUGACUGUGAGAGGGCUGCUAAUGGCCAUGAGGCGCUUGGGUCUGGCUGGAGAGUUUUUGCUUCUAGGCAGUGAUGGCUGGGCAGACAGGUACGAUGUGACAGACGGGUAUCAGCGGGAAGCUGUUGGCGGAAUAACGAUCAAGCUUCAGUCUCCUGAUGUGAAAUGGUUUGAUGACUAUUACCUGCAGCUUCAGCCAGAAACCAAUCUCCGAAAUCCAUGGUUUCAGGAAUUCUGGCAGCACAGGUUCCAGUGCCAGCUGGAGGGGUAUCCACAAGAGAAUACUAAAUACAACAAGACUUGCAACAGUCAGUUGACUCUCAAAACGCAACAUGUUCAAGAUUCUAAAAUGGGAUUCGUAAUCAAUGCCAUAUAUUCUAUGGCAUACGGUCUUCACAACAUGCAGAUGUCACUAUGCCCAGGCUAUGCAGGUCUCUGUGAUGCCAUGAAGCCUAUAGAUGGUCAAAAACUCCUGGAUUCUCUCAUGAAGACUAACUUCACUGGGGUUUCUGGGGAGGUCAUCUUGUUCGAUGAGAAUGGAGACUCACCAGGAAGGUAUGAGAUUAUGAAUUUUAAGCAAAUGGGGAAGGAUUACUUUGACUAUAUCAAUGUUGGAAGUUGGGAUAAUGGUGAAUUGAAGAUGGAUGACGAUGAAAUAUGGUCAAAGAAGAAUACUGUCAUCAGAUCGGUCUGCAGUGAACCAUGUGAAAAAGGCCAGAUAAAGGUGAUCCGUAAAGGAGAAGUCAGCUGCUGCUGGACCUGUACGCCUUGUAAGGACAAUGAGUUUGUCUCUGAUGAAUACACAUGCAAGGCGUGCCAGCUGGGCUCCUGGCCCACUGAUGACCUUACAGGUUGUGAUCUCAUCCCAGUCCAGUACCUCAGAUGGGGCGAUCCUGAACCAAUAGCAGCAGUUGUUUUUUCCUGUCUGGGUCUACUGGCCACCCUGUUUGUUACAGCUAUAUUCAUCAUGUACCGCGAUACCCCAGUUGUCAAGUCAUCAAGCCGAGAACUCUGCUACAUUAUUCUCGCUGGCAUCUGCUUGGGUUACUUGUGUACCUUCUGUCUCAUUGCAAAGCCUCAACGGAUUUAUUGUUACCUUCAAAGAAUUGGCAUCGGUCUGUCCCCGGCUAUGAGUUACUCUGCCCUAGUAACUAAAACCAAUCGCAUUGCAAGAAUUCUAGCUGGCAGCAAGAAGAAAAUCUGUACAAAGAAACCUAGGUUCAUGAGUGCCUGUGCCCAGUUGGUUAUUGCAUUUAUCUUAAUAUGUAUACAGUUAGGCAUAAUUGUUGCCCUUUUCAUAAUGGAGCCACCAGAUAUAAUGCAUGAUUAUCCAAGUAUCCGAGAGGUCUACUUGAUUUGUAACACCACCAACUUGGGUGUCGUAACUCCCCUUGGAUACAAUGGAUUAUUAAUUUUAAGUUGCACCUUUUAUGCAUUUAAGACCAGAAAUGUCCCGGCUAAUUUCAAUGAAGCAAAGUAUAUCGCCUUUACAAUGUAUACCACCUGUAUCAUUUGGCUGGCCUUUGUGCCCAUAUAUUUUGGUAGCAACUACAAGAUAAUCACCAUGUGUUUUUCUGUAAGCCUGAGUGCCACUGUGGCCCUCGGCUGCAUGUUUGUGCCAAAGGUGUACAUCAUCCUCGCUAAGCCAGAAAGGAAUGUACGCAGCGCAUUCACCACGUCGACCGUGGUCCGCAUGCACGUAGGGGAUGGAAAGUCAUCUUCAGCUGCAAGCCGCUCAAGUAGCCUGGUCAACCUAUGGAAAAGAAGGGGAUCGUCUGGUGAAACUCUAAGGUACAAAGGCAGGAGGCUGGCCCAGCACAAGUCGGAAAUAGAGUGUUUCACCCCAAAAGGGAGUAUGGGAAAUGGUGGGAGAGCUACAAUGAGCAGCUCGAAUGGGAAAUCGGUCACAUGGGCCCAGAAUGAGAAGAGCAGCAGCAGGGGAGCGCACCUCUGGCAAAGGCUCUCAGUCCACAUCAACAAAAAGGAGAACCCUAAUCAAACCGCGGUGAUCAAGCCCUUUUCGAAGAGCACGGACAGUAGCCGACACAGCAGCAGCGCCGCAUUUCCAGAGACCAGUGCCAAAAUGCUUUAUGACGUCUCAGAAGCGGAGGAGCAAUACCCAGCUCAGUUCCAGCCACAGACCCCAUCGCCGAUCAGCACGGUGAGCCACAGGACUGCCUCCAUUAGCCGAACAGAUGACGAUGUCCCCACAGCCCAGACAGAACAUGCCCAACGGAGCAGUUCCUCCCAAGGCUCUCUGAUGGAGCAAAUCAGCAGUGUGGUCACACGCUUCACAGCCAACAUCAGUGAGCUGAACUCUAUGAUGCUUUCAACAGCCACGCCGGGGGCAAUGGUGGCCACUCCUCUCUGCUCUUCCUACCUGAUCCCAAGAGAGAUCCAGCUUCCUACAACAAUGACCACUUUUGCAGAGAUCCAGCCGCUCCCUGCCAUUGAAGUCAAUGGUGCAUCGCAGUCUGCUAGGAAACCUUCGUGUGGCAGCAUCAAAGAAGGUACUUCGGAGGCACCAGCGGUGAAGCAAGAUCUUGAGGAGUUGGUGGCUUUAACUCCUCCCUCACCUUUUAGAGACUCCAUUGAUUCUGGGAGCGCAUCUCCCAGCUCUCCAGUGUCAGAAUCAGCUCUUUGUAUCCCAUCCUCCCCGAAAUAUGACAAGCUUAUCAUAAGAGAUUACUCUCAAAGUUCUUCUUCAUUGUGAAUGUAGUUCAAGACACUAUUGGAUCUCGACAGCUACAAGCAGGUAGAGCGGGGACAGCCAAGCCUUCAAGAUCUCCAAUCUUUACACAGAUACAGUGAUAGGCAUUGGGUCAUCAUGUGAAGAAUGGAGGGGGCAAUAGAGAAUCAUUCAAUAAAUGGAAACAUCGGAUUAAUUAUGCUAUUUUAAAGAAACAAAACUAUGAGCAGAUUUUCGUGGCCUUACAAAACAUGGGCUUUUAAGAAACACUGCAUAUAUUUUUGAGGGCUUAUAAGGAGUCUGUUAAAUCAGUUACAUACCAAGUGCUUUGCUUUAGUAUAACAAUGAACUGUGUGUACAAUAUAUGAAAAAAGUAGACUGUAAGCGACUGUACAAUGUUUUCUUUAUUUACUCUGAUUCCUUACCCAGAAGUGAACCUUGAUCUAUUAUCAAGAAUAGAAGACCAAACAUUGAAUGUACAUUUUCUAACAGACUCAAAAUCUGGCACCAAUAUGUCAGGCUCUUUUUUUUUCUAUGAAGAUCUCAAAAAGCAGUAACGUAUGUUUAGUAACUACCAAACUUUUGCUGAAGCGUAUCAUGCUGGUGAUACCCUACGUGUAGAUAAAAAUAAACUGUGGCUUUGCAAUGUGUGACUGCAUACGGAGGGCUUUACAAGUGACUUCUCAACCUACAGAUUUGUUUAUGAAAUUCUCUUCUAUAAGUAUUAAAGGUUCAAUUUAUUAACAUUGGAUACACCUUCAUAGCAACAAAAUGUGAGGACGAUUUCCUGACUCUUUCACCACGUUGCCAGCCAAUGAUGGAGUAGCAAAAAAUAUUUUCUGGAGUACUGUUUUGUAAUUCCCUUAUCAGGACACGUUGUUGAGGAGAAUAUUCUGUUUCUAGCAGUAUUAUUAAGCUAUAGCAUAGCUGCAUUCCCUAGUGAAAUUAACACAUUUUUAUGGUCAUUCUCAUGGUAAUAUUGCCAGUUAAAAUAUUAUACUUAUUCAGGCUCCCAUAUCCUUUGCUUUUAAGGAAGAGGUAAACACUCCAUGGUUUUUCUCAGUUAUUAUAAAGGUUAGAAUACUGAGAAAGCAGUCUGGAUUAUGAUGAACGAAUACUAUCGAUGGAAGGAUUGUCAUGAUCAUAAUUCAUUUACGAAAAAACACCUGUGUCAAAGUCUGCUUCGAGGUGGUUUAGCUACUCUUCGAUAAGCAACAAUUUUAACUCUAGUUAGCUGCGGAUGCAUUGCGGCUCUGAACUGUGACAAAAGAAGAUUUUCAAAGCAAUACAGAGUAUAUGUUCAAACAAGGGGGACCUAAUGAGAUACAAACUAACGGAGUCUUUCUUAGCAUCUCAUAGAAGAGGUGAGGGAAUUAUUGACAUUUUUUUUCCUGUAUCAAAGUAGCUACAAGUAUAGUUUAGUACACUUCAUGCUGUCAUGGCACUUUUUAAAUACAUGCGGGAAGAGAUUUUAAAGUUUGAAUAGAAGCAAAAUAAUUUUUGAUAGCUAUGAUGAAACAAUGCACACUAUAAUUUGCUUUCUCCCUUCCCUCCCCCAAUGACACAGCUAUCCUCAGGUGCCAAAAUUUUGUGUUUUUUUCUUAUUUAUAAGGAUAGUAUGAAGGGGCGGGUGAUUUACUGUAAUUCAAAGUCAAGUUGAUGCAGCCUUAUACAGAAGAUAGCCUUAUGGAAGGGAGCCUUGGAAUAAGGCUGCUGUGUAUUAUUUUUUAAACUCCCAAAUCUUAUUUUUUUGCAGGUCUGCAAAUACUUUUCAAUCAAAAUGUAUUGUUUUCAGGCAUUUUUUUUUCAUUCAUGAAAGGUAUAACAAUCUGAUUAAAAAGUGAAAGCACGUUUGUUCAUUUCAGCAAAGAGUAUUACUAUUCUAUUUUUAAGUUAGCUCUAUCAUGACUUUAUGCCAUGCAUCCCAAUCCUCCAUUCAAUUAAUUUUUUGUAACAAAAUAGCUGAAUGAUACUAGGCUAACACUGUAAAAUAACACCCUCAGCUAAACAUUUUGCUCAAGGAGUAGUAAUUCAUUAGUUAACUAACUGCCCGUAGCUUAUGAGACGCAGACCUUUUAACUUUUCUUAGUCCGUCUGGAAAAAUGGGCAUUUCAAAUCAGGAACACAAUAUAUAUGUUCUUAGUAGGGACUCUAGACCUCUAUGAAACUGUCUGAAGUAUUGUACAUGGAACAUUUGCAAGGUACUGUAUAUGUUUUCCUUCAACACAGAACUGCUUUGAUUCAUGGAUAGUUUAGGUGGGUGGUUUACCUGCAUUUCAAAGGGAAUGUUAUUUAUUAAGUCAUUGCCCAAUAUCAUGAACAGAGCCCCUUCCGCCCUUUACCCCCCCCCACCACACACACACACUCCUUAAACAAAUGCCUCAGUUGUGUAGCCUGCCUUUCUUAUGCUGGCAGGUACUUACACAAUUAUCCCUCAAUGGGAUUGCUUGCAUGAGUAAGUGAUUACCAAUGUAAGUAAGGAUUGUACAAGUGGUCCCUUAAAAUGUGUUGUUAAUCAGUCUUCUUUAAGAAAAAAAGGAGUAAGAAGGGAAGGCUAUCAAAUCAUGAUUCAAUAUAAAUAAUGCAUUCACUGUUACAUAGCUCCUAGGUCAUAAUUCUGAAGAAUCAUUCAGUCUAACUGGCCAUAGUUGCUGUUCAGAGUUUGUUAAUCUUUUUUAUAUUGCCAAGAAUGCAUUCAUCCCUCAGUUUAACUGUUGGGUAGCACUUCCAUCUAUUGGUUGAUUAGGACCCUAACAUUAUACUAGCCAUCUUUUAAACACUCUUUGCUUUUGUUACUAAGGGUUCAUUUCCCUUGUACUCCUGUUUGCUAUAGAGGAAGUUCUGCAUGCACAAGGAAUGCAAGACUGGCCCUGUUGAAACUGUACUUUUCUUCUCUGUUUGACUUCCAAGGCUUUGAUAUCUAAUCAGCAAUGAAGAAUAGCUCAUUAUUAGUACUAGGCAUGGGAUGGCAGAACACAUUUUCUUGGGCAGGCUGGUCCUUGGAAGAUUUACCUGAAUUUUAUAGGAGAGAGGAGAGAUUUUUGUGGGAAUAAUGAGGAGCAACACAAAGGACAGGACAAGGAGCAAUGGUCUCAAGUUGCAGUGGGGGAGGUCUAGGUUGGAUAUUAGGAAACACUAUUUCACUAGGAGGGUGGUGAAGCACUGGAAUGCGUUACCUAGGGAGGUGGUGGAAUCUUCUUCCUUGGAGGUUUUUAAGGUCAGGCUUGACAAAGCCCUGGCUGGGAUGAUUUAGUUGGGAAUUGGUCGUGCUUUGAGCAGGGGGUUGGACUAGAUGACCUCCUGAGGUCCCUUCCAACCCCGAUAUUCUAUGAUUCUAUGACAAGCAUUGGAAGAGGCAGAGGCAGCUUUAUGGAAGUGUAGGGUCCCAAGCAAGAGUCCAGAGGAUUUGGUGGAGGAAGGGAGAGAAAUUGGGGGUUCUACUAAUUAUUUUCACUGCACCACUAGUGUACUAGAUUCGUUACAGGGAGAUGUGAAGACAAGGUCCCCACCUGGAAGACCUCACAGUCUGAAUAAACAAUAGGCAAGUAGAUGAUGGGUUACCUUCCAGUUCUGCUGCUGGAAAGGAAAUUGUUUACACUGCAGGGAAAAACACUAACAUUCUUGACAGUGAAGACCCCCUGAAAAAAACACACUUGUUCUGAAGGCCAGCCCUGGAAGAGUGCAGGUCUGACCCCUCUCUGGAAGGCUAUUGAAAUAAAGUGAGCAACUACACCAGCCCCGUUACAACCAUUUGUGUGAAGUGCUAGAAAAAAUGAGGCAGAACUAUAUUUGAAAAUUGGCUGUUUAUUGUAUGACUUUGGAGAUGUAUCCCCUUCUAUUUCUCAUCUAAAAAUAUCUAAGAUACUUUGUGAUUGGCCUCCUAUAGAUACCUUAGACUAGAGGUUCCUAGAUCAUGGUCCAUAGAGCACUUGCUGAUGGCUCCUGAAGACCUAGUUAAUCACAUGGUGCUGGCUCCUUCUCCUGACUUCCUGCUGUGAAACUGCAUUAAAAGACAGCUAAAAAUAUGUCAAAUACUUUCCUUAGCUUACUUGGGCAGAUACGCAAUUACUGUGGUUGCUACGAGAAUGUUUGUGAUCACAAAUGGGAGGGGAAGUCGUCUAUGUGAGUGUGAUUAGGAGGAGAGGUGAUCCAUGAGACAAUCUCUGGAUUAUCAUGUGGUUCACACUAAAACCUUUGGGAACCUUUACCUAGAGGGCAAAAGAGACUAGAUAGAGAACAUAGGUGCAAAUGUUGAUGCCUGAGAGAAAAUUAUCUUUAUGCUCCAAACCCUACCAGACAGAAAGAGAGAAAAUGUGGGAAGAUUUUAUCACAAGCAUCAGUUUCUGAGAGAAGUCAGAUUACUAUGUUUGUGAUGAGUAAUUCUGGCUAGAUCAUUAUCUCAACAGACACCAGUGGAAAUCCACUGAGGUCAAUGGAGUUACUCCAGGUUUAUGUCAGUGUAAAUGAGAUGAGUCUAGCCAUAGCCAGUGAAGUCUAGACAUUGACUAGUUACUCCAGGAGGAAAGAGGUUUCUUAAGAUUUUGCUUGAUCCAUACACCAUAAAUGGUUGAUUAGAUUAAUUCUUAAGAGAACUCUUUUAGUUCAGUGGCUAGAACCUUCCCCAUGGAUUUGCUUUACCACUUACCUAGCAGGUAUCCCUAUAGACAAAUAAAAUUGUGGUUGGAAAUGUCAAGGGUUGUGAGGAUAAUUUAUCCAUAAGAAGGAAACAGGUCAUGGCUUUACUGCAGUUUCCUGAUUCCCAGCAAGAGAAUUAAAAUGUUCCCCCAAGAGUCAUCUGCUACACUCCCAGUAUCUACGACACACGUUGGACACUUUGACUGAACUACCUGAGGUCACUUUUUUUGCUACGGCUUAUCAAUACACCUAAGCUUUGAAAUCUCUGUAGUUACCAUUUACAAUUUUAUACUGUGAAAAGAAUAAAUAAAUAAAUAAUGCAGAUCAGUGAAACAUAAAGAGGUAAGUAAGAAAUUCAUCUCCUUGAUGAAUUGGCAUACGUGGCUGGUUUUCUCUUGUCUGAGCAACGACAGUGCAAACUCUAAGUAAUAAACAGCUGAGUCACUCUGAUCUGCCAAAUGGGAAUAAAUAUACUAUGUAUAUUAUAUGUACUGAUAGGGUUUAAUGGCAGCUGCUGGUGGUAUUUGUAAUUAGAACUCUAUAUAGAAUAUAGAUGUUUUAGAGAAACGGUGCCAAUUCUAAAAGAUUUGUGUGGGCUACAAGUGCUUGUAAUUAUUAUUAUUAUUUUUUUAUUUGCUAAUAACUUAUUAUGAAAAUCUGGUUUUAAACAUUCUGUGAGCGUUUGUCCCUUUCUUAUGUUGCUGCUUAUACUAUUAAAACAGUAGAGAAUGUAAAAUUAUUUUGAUGUGAACUGAAAAAGAUUUUUCAUAAAAUUUAACAUUUUUAUCAGCUUUGGUUUUGCGGUCUACUUGUAGAAAUGUAAUUUAUUUUAGCAUUUAAAAAUACAUUUGCUUGUUUCUUGGUUGUCUACAUCAUGUUAUAGUUGAUGUUUAUGUAGAGUCAGGUACUUUUUGAACAGUAUUAAAAAAAAUCCUGUGAUAUGA